AUGAAAUACCAUACUCAACGUUAUCGACUAAGUCAAUCCAGCCCCGAUCGCGAUGGGGUUGAGAUGCAGGCUGAGCAGCAGAGGCCAUAUGCGACAUGCACGGACGCGGGACGGAAAUGUUCGUAUUUCACGUCUGAUAGGAUGGCUGCAUCGUCACCAGAGGUCCUUCAUGCGCGGAUACAAUGGCUCACGCAGUACAUUGAAGACAACAUAACAGGAGCAAACGUGGGCCAAAAUAUGCCACUGAAAGAUAAGGACGCGUCACAAGCCGUCGACGAGGGUGCAGGGAAAAUUGACCCCUCGGUAAACCCGGUACAGAUUCAACCUAAUGGUCAAGGUCAGAGUACAAGCUCGUCUCUCGACAAUGAGCUCGACAAUGCAGAAUCGACGAAGGGGACUUCCAUGAAGGUUUGGAAUGAGACAGAUAGCGAAAGACCACGGUCGCUGGCAUGCCUCAAUGCUUACUUUCACCACGUUCAUCGGGCAUACCCGUUCGUCAAUAAAGCGCGGAUUAUGCAAGUGCAGAGUGUGAAUGUCAACGUCGUGCUGAUAGAGAAUGAUGCCGACUCAAUGAUGCUCUACCUUAUCCACGCCAUUGGGCGGACAACUCUGGAGCGAUCAGGAAAAAUGAGUCCGCUCACUGGGAAAGAGGUUCAACUACCGUAUACAAUCAUACUUCAAUAUUGCAUGGAGAAUGAAAGCAUGGAUUCAGUUCAAAUUCUUCUAUUACUGGCGUUGUAUUCCCUGUUUGAUCCUCACGCUCCUUCUCCAUGGACAACUGCUGGAAUCCUGACCCGGCAAGCCAUGGCACAGGGUCUCACUCUACAGCGCACGUCAAAUGUAGAUCAAGCGUUGCCAUCAGACGAGCCGUUGAAUCGAUUAUUUUGGAGUAUUUACGUACUGGAUCGCAUGGUCGCUUCCUCUGUCGGACAGCCUCCGGGGCUGUUUGUGCCGGACGUUCACAUCCCAUUGCCCGCUGUGACAGUGAGCGAGUUUGCUUCAGCACAGCGCGCAGAGGUUUCCAGUAUGUUGCUGGUAACACGGCAUGUAAUCCAGCUGCGUCGUCUCGAGAGCAAAAUCACAGACGCGAUCUUUCUACGUCCUCGGACAGAUGUCCGUUCCUUGACUCCGUCCGAUCGCGUCGCUAUCAUUAGUGAACUUCAUUAUGCUGUGGAUAACUGGUACAGUGAUGGCUGUCUCAUCUGUCGCCCAGAAGCCAGUAAUGUGAGGAUCCAUGACACCAUGGCCUGGCUUAACGCCCGUUAUUAUCAACUACUGAUGUUGAUACAUUAUCCGACACCAUUUAAUCAACCACCACGUCCAGGCUUUCAUGAACACCUCCUAAACGUUGUUCAGAAGUAUAUUCAUUACAGCCAGGUGUUGUUGGAGCUAGGACAACUGCCGCUUAAUUUCAUAACGUUGACCCGAUUCGUCCCGGCAUGUCUCGUCCUUCUUUACUGCUUUGGUCAUAUGACGGCCAUGGUGUUUCCAGCCAAGCAAGAGAUACAAAGCUGUAUAGCAAUCCUUCAGAGCUUCUCCAACGGCUGGGGACAUGCCAUAUCCUUGGCACAGAUCAUGACAGAAUUUUCUUCUGUGGUCUCUAUGUACGAAAGCCGAUCUGCCAGCUGCCUUUUGCCGUUACAAACAACACCCGUUUUGCGACAUGCCGCACAACCAUCACUUUACCCACGAAUGGUCCCACUUAGAGCUCAGUUACUUGAAGUAGGUGGACGCAUCUUGGGGAAGGCAAACUGCUAUCAAUUCAUAGAAGGCUGGGAUGCGGAGGCAAUCAGCUCGAGCUCUGCAGAGGAUGCAUCGUCGUCAACAGAUGCUGCCAUGACUAGGGACAUUGCAGCUUUGUCCUCGCCAUUAGUUGGGACAAUCCGAUGGGAUUUCUUAUAA